UAUAACAAAUGAAUAUUUUAAAAUAACAUCAAAAGUAUUGAUGUAUUUUCCUUCACGGCAUCUCUUCUUAAACAGCGUUGCCAGACUUUGCAAUAAUAUUAUUCACAAUAUCGAUAGAUAGACCAACUCAAACUCAAACAUUGGCCACCACCAGUAUAUGAGCGCAAAACUUUUCCUUGGAACUUAAAAGUUUUUGGGAAAUAAGCUGUUUUUUUCUGUAAACAUCAAUGUUUUUGGAGUCGGAGACCACCACGAUUGCUCCAGACGCCGACAUUCUGCAUCCCGAUGACGCCCAGUACAUUUGGCUGCCCAUUGCGGUGCUUGUUGGCAUUUUCUUUCUAGCAGCUCUGGUCUACGUCAUGUCGCGUACCCGCUGCCGCUUUUCCUGCAACUGCCUGGGCUGCAGGAAGGCUCCGCGAAACGGCUAUAUCAACGUGGACGAAGAGGACUCGGAUGUGCCCAUGGCCUGUGGGGAUGAUGACCACAUGGCAGCCAGCCUGCUUGUGGGUCGCCUGCAUAUAGAAGACCCAAAUAUAGCCUAGCCAAAGUAGAUGUAUUGCAUCUCGUAAGCCUUCCAUUCAUACCAUUUAUUGU